AAAAAAACAAGGCGCCAAUGAGUGAAUAAAACUGGAAGAGAAAUGAUAAAGCAGCCGGGGACGGCGGCGGUUCUACGGCUGAGAAACCUCAUGGAGAGCCCCGCACCACCGCCUCCUAAGGAUUACGUUCAAUACCAGCACACUGACGCCUGCAGUCUCCUCAGAUGGACUGCAAGGGAAAGCUACGAGUUCAUGUAUGCGAGACCGUGGCAUAAGAUUAAUGAUUUUUAUUUGGAUGCGGUCAAUGGCCGCCAAUCGCUGCAUCAAAUGUUCCGAGAAGAGACGAAUGAUGUAGACGCUGUCAGUGAUUUUGACAAGCCUGAAGCAGAAAGUGUUCCUGUUGAGGAUAGAUCUGGGAGAUGGGCGAGGGCCACAUUCAAAAUGCUUAUCUCCUACAAUGGCAAUUCUUUUGAUGGGUGGCAGAAACAGCCAGGUUUAAAUACAGUCCAAGGAUUGGUUGAGAGUUCUCUUGGGAAAUUUGUUGAUGAAAAGAAAGCACAGCUGUUGAAGGAAAAGAAAUUGCCAUUAGAAGGGUGUGCCAUGGUUGCUGGGCGAACAGAUAAAGGGGUGACAGCUCUAGGACAAGUUUGUGCUUUCUAUACGUGGAGAAAAGAUGUUAAAGCUCUAGACAUUGAGGAAGCACUAAAAUCUGCAGCACCAGGGAAGAUAAGGGUCACUUCUGUUUCUCAGGUCUCUCGCGAUUUUCAUCCUAAUUUCUCUGCAAAAUGGAGGCACUAUUUCUAUAUAUUUCCAUUCAAUGAAGAAAAGUUGGGUGAGGAAAUAGGUGAAUGCAAGAAUAUUUAUUCGAAUAAAGCUAUUUUCCAAGAUGAAGAUGAUGAAGGCUUGGGUGUGCCAAAUAAUGAAGAUGAUAAUUAUGGCCAGACUCAACAAUCAGGAAGCAAACCAUUCACUUUUGAAGUAAACCGUGUUAACCAUCUACUACGCCAACUAGAAGGAAAAUUGCUUUCGUUCAGGAUGUUUGCACGAGACACUAAGGCGUCUAGGAACAUUGGUCCACCAACAGAGUGCUUUGUCUUUCAUGCACGAGCUGCAGAGGCCUAUUUACCUUUUCCUAAGAAGGAUGGAGUCAGCAGCAAGGUAAUGUGUGUUGAGUUGGUCGCAAAUCGAUUCUUGCGUAAGAUGGUUCGAGUUCUCGUAGCAACAGCAAUUAGGGAAGCAGCUGCUGGCGCAGAAGAAGACGCAUUGAUAAAGCUGAUGGACGCCACCUGCAGGCGCGCCACUGCUCCACCUGCACCCCCGGACGGCCUCUGCCUUGUCGAUGUAGGCUAUACAGAAUUUGACAAGAAAAUCUGCAUAAUCCCAUAAGAGUCCCUUUCCCAACUUUUUUCUUUGAAACUGAGAUAUCAUAUAGAAAGAGUCUCAUCUCACCUCAUGCAUGGUGAAAAGUUAAGUUAGCAUGAGCAAGAAGCUCAUAAAUCAGUGACGAUAAAACGCAAUUUAGUUGGUUAGAACUUAGAACUUAAGACUUUUCUCUUCCGACCAGUUAAUUGUGGGUUUGGAAUCUACUCAUCUGGUUUUAUUUAAUUAUAUUUUUCACUUCAA